AUGGAGCGAGAGGGAGGGAUGUUCGGAGAGAGGGAGGAAACUCAGUGUUCUGACAGUGAGUCUUUGAGCGGCCGGGGCAGAAACAGACACCAGACAGACAAUCCCUACGCCGGAGCUGUGAGGGACUGAUCUGUGUGUGAGCUGUGUGUUUGGAGCAGUCAGAGCCAACUGUGAGCUUGUUGUGGUAUGUAACUGUGAGUGUGUGUGUGUAAUUGUGAGUUGUGUGUGUGGUACUGGGAGCUGUGUGUGUCGUAAAACUGUGAGAUGUUGUGUAUGUAACUGUGAGGCUGUUGUGUGUGUAACGUGAGCUGUGUGUGUAUGUAAAUGUGAGCUGGGUGUGUAUGUAAACUGUGAGCUGUGUUGUGUGGAACUGUGACUGGUGCGUAUGUAAACUGUGAGCGUGGUGAUGAAAUGUGAGUGGGUGUGUAUUAACUGUGAGCGUGUGUGUAUUUAACUGUGAGCUGUUGUGUGUAUGUAACUGUGAGCUGUGUGUGUAUGUCGAACUGUGAGGUGGGGGGAUGUGUGUGUUAGUAACUGUGAGUGGGUUGUGUAGUAACUGUGAGCUGUGGUGUAUGUACUGUGAGCUGUGUGUGUUGUAAACUGUGAGAUGGUGUGUAUGAAACUGUGAGCUGUGUGUGUGUUUGUAAUGUGAGUGCUGUGGUCUGUACCUGUGAGCUGUGUGUGUGUGUAACUGUGAGCUGUGGGUGGUGUACUGUGAGCUGUGUGUGGUCUGACCGUGAGGCUGUGUGUGGAUGUAACGUGAGCUGUGGUGGUGUAAAGGUGCGAUGUGGUGUGUCUAUAAAGUGAGCGGUGUGGGUAUGUAACUGUGAGCUGUGUGUGUAUGUAACUGUGAGCUGUGUGUGUAUGUAACUGUGAGCUGUGUGUGUGUUAACUGUGAGCUGUGUGUGUGUCUGUAACUGUGAGCUGUGUGUGUAGGGUAACUGUGAGCUGUGUGUGUCUGUAACUGUGAGCUGUGUGUGUCUGUAACUGUGAGCUGUGUGGUCUGUAACUGUGAGCUGUGUGUGUCUGUAACUGUGAGCUGUGUGGUGUGUGUAACUGUGAGCUGUGGUGUGUGUGUAACUGUGAGCUGUGUGUGUGUGUAACUGUGAGCUGUGUGUGUAUGUAACUGUGAGCUGUGUGUGUGUGUAACUGUGAGCUGUGUGUGUGUGUAACUGUGAGCUGUGUGUGUAUGUAACUGUGAGCUGUGUGUGUGUGUAACUGUGAGCUGUGUGUGUGUGUAACUGUGAGCUGUGUGUGUAUGUAACUGUGAGCUGUGUGUGUAUGUAACUGUGAGCUGUGUGGACGCAGUAAUUUCAGGUCACAAUUUUCAGUCAGGACUGUAAUGAACUGAGCUUGGCUGAACUGAACAGGACUGGGCUUGGUUCGGGCUGGGGCUGGAGUGGGCUUGGCUGAACUGAACAGGACUGGGCUUGGUUCGUGCUGGGGCUGGAGUGGGCUUGGCUGAACUGAACAGGACUGGGCUUGGUUCGUGCUGGGGCUGGAGUGGGCUUGGCUGAACUGAACAGGACUGGGCUUGGUUCGUGCUGGGACUGGGUUUCGCUGGUCUGGUGAGGUCUGGGAGCUUGUGUGUCUGGUGAGGUCUGGGAGCCUCCAUGACAGCGUGGGAGAGCUGCGAUCUGUGAGGAUACACACACUGAAGAGACAAGGACACACACACACACACACCGAGGAGACGACACACACACAUCCUCAUUUUGUCGAGACUAUUUAGAUCCCCCCCCCCCCCCCCCGUAUUUUUGUCCUGACGAUGGCAUCAUCUGUGGCUUAUGUGUUGUUGCUGGUGGCUGCCUUCGUGCUGGGAUUGUACCACGUCUUGGUGGAAGGGGGGUGUGCUGGGAGGUGCUGCCGGGGUUCAGACAUCACCUGUGUAACGGCAGACUGGGGGAUGGACCGGGUAUACAGAACCUGCUACUGCGACGAGGGCUGCCUCAGGACCAAGGACUGUUGCUAUGACUACCCCACCGAGUGCUCAGGUAAGGGAGGAUGGGUGGAGUCACGACAGUAGUAAUUGUUGUCACUAUGUCUGUGUCCCAAAUAGUACCCUAUUCCCUAUGUAACCCCAUGUACGUUUUAGGACCCCUUUAGGUAUAUAUAAAAAAAAAAAGAAAUACAAAUAUUUAAUUUGGCCUUUCCAACUAUAGCCCAGAGAAAUUCAUUAAAUAACACAUUCAUAAAUGGCAAAAAAUUAAUCAUAAGAAACAAGGUUUUGAAGUGUCUGUCCUAUAUCUAGGAGAUAUAAGAAAGAUCAGGACAUGAUGUAUAUGUACACUACCAGUCAAAAGUCAGACUCAUCCCAAACCAUCUCAAUUGGGUUGAGGUCGGGGGAUUGUGGAGGCCAGGUCAUCUGAUGCAGCACUCCAUCACUCUCCUUCUUGGUAAAAUAGCCCUUACACAGCCUGGAGGUGUGCUGGGUCAUUAACCUGUUGAAAAACAAAUGAUAGUCCCACUAAACCCAAACCAGGUGGGAUGGCUUAUCGCUGCAGAAUGCUGUGGUAGCCAUGCUGGUUAAGUGUGCCUUGAAUUCUAAAUAAAUCACAGACAGUGUCACCAGCAAAGCACCCCCACACCGUAACACCUCCUCCUCCAUGCUUUACGGUGGGAAAUACACAUUCGGAGAUCAUCUGUUCACCCACACCGCGUCUCACAAAGCCACGGUGGUUGGAACCAAAAAUCCAGACCAAAGAACGCAUUUCCACCGGUCUAAUGUCCAUUGCUCGUGUUUCUUGUCCCAAGCAAGUCACUUCUUCUUAUUGGUGUAUACAGUCUCCUCUGAACAGUUGAUGUUGAAAUGUGUCUGUUACUUGAACUCUGUGAAGCAUUUAUUUGGGCUGCAAUUUCUGAGGCUGGUAACUCUAAUGAAUUUAUCCUCUGCAGCAGAGGUAACUCAGGGUCUUCCAUUCCUGUGGCGGUCCUCAUGAGAGCCAGGUUCAUCAUAGCGCUUGAUGGUUUUUGCAACUGCACUUGAAGAAACUUUCAAAGUUCUUGAAAUGUUCCGUAUUGACUGACCUUCAUGUCUUAAAGUAAUGAUGGACUGUUGUUUCUUUUUGCUUAUUUGAGCUGUUCUUGCGAUAAUAUGGACUUGGUCUUGUAACUGUGAGCCGGUCUUUUACCAAAUAGGGCUAUCUUCUGUAUACCCCCCUACGUUGUCAGAACACAACUGAUUGGCUCAAACGCAUUAAGAAGGAAAAAAGUCCACUAAUGAACUUUUAAAAAGGCACACCUGUUAAUUGAAAUGCAUUCCAUGUGACUACCUCAUGAAGCUGGUUGAGAGAAUGCCAAGUGUGCAAAGCUGUCAUCAAGGCAAAGGGUGGUGAUUUAAAGAAUCUCAAAUAUAAAAUAUAUGAUUCCAUAUGUGUUAUUUCAUAGUUUUGAUGUCUUCACUAUUAUUCUACAAUGUAAAAAAUAGUUUUAAAAAACUAAAAAAAUAUUGAAUGAGUAGGUGUGUCCAAACUUUUGACUGGUAGUCUAUAUAUAUAUAUAUAUAUAUAUAUAUAUACAGUAUAUACAUAUUUUAUUUUUUAAAACAUAUUUAAGCCCUUUUUUUGUGUUGGCACAAAACUACCUCCAUACUUCCAUUCGUUUUUUAAACCGGUACCAGUUACCUUCAGACGAGUAGAUCAAACCGUUUGGACGAUACAGACGUUUUUCUCUAAUUCCACUAACUGUUUACUCUGUCCUCUAACCUAGAUAAAGAAAGAGUUAAUCUACUGUACUUGCUCACAGCUGGCCAGAUAGUGGUUACAUCCCAAAAUGGCACCAUAUUCCCUAUAUAGUGCACUACUUUUGACCAUAUCCCUAUGGGCCCUGGUCAAAAGUAGUGCACUAAAUAGGGUGCCAUUUGGGACACAGUCAUUAUGCAUUUAAAAGCAGCAAGUCCUGUAGGAGUCGAGUCAGACAAGCCGAGUGUACCUAAUACCUGACACACACACACACACACGCACGCACGCACGCACACACACACACACACACACACACAGCCAACAUCAAAGAGCCAGCACUCAGAGAGCGUGAGGACAGCAUUGAAAAGAGAAUGGAUUAAAUGGGUCAAUGACUGGAUUCAGCCUUAGUUACAUUUAGACCACUCAACGCUGUACAGAACACUAAUACUUCAAAUCCAAGGUGCGUCACAAGUGGCACUCUGGUUCAAAGUAGUGCACUAUAUAGGGAAUAGGGUGCCAUUCUCUGGUCUAAAGUAGUGCACUAUAUAGGGAAUAGGGUGUCAUUCUCUGGUCUAAAGUAGUGUACUAUAUAGGGAAUAGGGUGCCAUUCUCUGGUCUAAAGUAGUGCACUAUAUAGGGAAUAGGGUGCCAUUCUCUGGUCUAAAGUAGUGCACUAUAUAGGGAAUAGGGUGUCAUUCUCUGGUCUAAAGUAGUGCACUAUAUAGGGAAUAGGGUGCCAUUCUCUGGUCUAAAGUAGUGCACUAUAUAGGGAAUAGGGUGCCAUUCUCUGGUCUAAAGUAGUGCACUAUAUAGGGAAUAGGGUGCCAUUCUCUGGUCUAAAGUAGUGCACUAUAUAGGGAAUAGGGUGCCAUUCUCUGGUCUAAAGUAGUGCACUAUAUAGGGAAUAGGGUGCCAUUCUCUGGUCUAAAGUAGUGCACUACAUAGGGAAUAGGGUGCCAUUCUCUGGUCUAAAGUAGUGCACUAUAUAGGGAAUAGGGUGCCAUUCUCUGGUCUAAAGUAGUGCACUAUAUAGGGAAUAGGGUGCCAUUCUCUGGUCAAAAGUAGUGCGCUAUAUAGGGAAUAGGGGUGCCAUUCUCUGGUCUAACGUAGUGCACUAUAUAGGGGAUAGGGUGCCAUUCUCUGGUCUAAAGUAGUGCACUAUAUAGGGAAUAGGGUGCCAUUCUCUGGUCUAGAGUAGUGCACUAUAUAGGGAAUAGGGUGCCAUUCUCUGGUCUAAAGUAGUGCACUAUAUAGGGAAUAGGGUGCCAUUCUCUGGUCUAAAGUAGUGCACUAUAUAGGGAAUAGGGUGCCAUUCUCUGGUCUAAAGUAGUGCACUAUAUAGGGAAUAGGGUGCCAUUCUCUGGUCUAAAGUAGUGCACUAUAUAGGGAAUAGGGUGGUGCCAUCUCUGGUCUAAAGUAGUGCACUAUAUAGGGAAUAGGGUGCCAUUCUCUGGUCUAAAGUAGUGCACUACAUAGGGAAUAGGGUGCCAUUCUCUGGUCUAAAGUAGUGCACUAUAUAGGGAAUAGGGUGCCAUUCUCUGGUCUAAAGUAGUGCACUAUAUAGGGAAUAGGGUGCCAUUCUCUGGUCAAAAGUAGUGCGCUAUAUAGGGAAUAGGGUGCCAUUCUCUGGUCUAACGUAGUGCACUAUAUAGGGGAUAGGGUGCCAUUCUCUGGUCUAAAGUAGUGCACUAUAUAGGGAAUAGGGUGCCAUUCUCUGGUCUAAAGUAGUGCACUAUAUAGGGAAUAGGGUGCCAUUCUCUGGUCUAGAGUAGUGCACUAUAUAGGGAAUAGGGUGCCAUUCUCUGGUCUAAAGUAGUGCACUAUAUAGGGAAUAGGGUGCCAUUCUCUGGUCUAAAGUAGUGCACUAUAUAGGGAAUAGGGUGCCAUUCUCUGGUCAAAAGUAGUGCGCUAAUAGGGAAUAGGGUUGCCAUCUCUGGUCUAACGUAGUGCACUAUAUAGGGGAUAGGGUGCCAUUCUCUGGUCUAAAGUAGUGCACUAUAUAGGGAAUAGGGUUGACCAUUCUCUGGUCUAAAGUAGUGCACUAUAUAGGGGAUAGGUGUCCAUUCUCUGGUCUAAAGUAGUGCACUACAAUAGGGAAUAGGGUGCCAUUCUCUGGUCUAAAGUAGUGCACUAUAUAGGGAAUAGGGUGCCAUUCUCUGGUCUAAAGUAGUGCACUAUAUAGGGAAUAGGGUGCCAUUCUCUGGUCAAAAGUAGUGCGCUAUAUAGGGAAUAGGGUGCCAUUCUCUGGGUCUAACGUAGUGCACUAUAUAGGGGAUAGGGUGCCAUUCUCUGGUCUAAAGUAGUGCACUAUAUAGGGAAUAGGGUGCCAUUCUCUGGUCUAAAGUAGUGCACUAUAUAGGGAAUAGGGUGCCAUUCUCUGGUCUAGAGUAGUGCACUAUAUAGGGAAUAGGGUGCCAUUCUCUGGUCUAAAGUAGUGCACUAUAUAGGGAAUAGGGUGCCAUUCUCUGGUCUAAAGUAGUGCACUAUAUAGGGAAUAGGGUGCCAUUCUCUGGUCUAAAGUAGUGCACUAUAUAGGGAAUAGGGUGCCAUUCUCUGGUCUAAAGUAGUGCACUAUAGGAUAGGGUGCCAUUCUCUGGUCUAAAGUAGUGCACUAUAUAGGGAAUAGGGUGCCAUUCUCUGGUCUAAAGUAGUGCACUAUAUAGGGAAUAGGGUGCCAUUCUCUGGUCUAAAGUAGUGCACUAUAUAGGGAAUAGGGUGACAUUCUCUGGUCUAAAGUAUUGCACUAUAUAGGGAAUAGGGUGCCAAUCUCUGGUCUAAAGUAGUGCACUAUAUAGGGAAUAGGGUGCCAAUCUCUGGUCUAAAGUAGUGCACUAUAUAGGGAAUAGGGUGUCAUUUGGGAUGCAUCCCCAAAUCAUUCUCUCAUUGAUUGAGUGUCAUCUCCAGAAUAUUGAGCAGCUGGCUGAGCUGACUUUACACACCCCUGCCUUACAUUCUUCAGACUUACAGGGAUAGUUUAGUAAGCUGCAGACCCCCGGUCGUCAAACAGGGAUAGUUUAGUAAGCUGCAGACCCCUGGUCGUCAAACUGGGAUAGUUUAGUAAGCUGCAGACCCCUGGUCAUCAAACUGGGAUAGUUUAGUAAGUUGCAGACCCCUGGUCAUCAAACUGGGAUAGUUUAGUAAGUUGCAGACCCCUGGUCGUCAAACUGGGAUAGUUUAGUAAGCUGCAGACCCCCGGUCGUCAAACAGGGAUAGUUUAGUAAGCUGCAGACCCCUGGUCAUCAAACUGGGAUAGUUUAGUAAGCUGCAGACCCCUGGUCAUCAAACUGGGAUAGUUUAGUAAGCUGCAGACCCCUAGUCGUCAAACAAACAACGCCUAUGUUUUCACCUCAGGGGUUUUCAACCACAGGGUGUGCAGGGUUUUGUUCCAACCUACCACUAACAAACCUGAUUCAGCUAAUCAAAGCCUAGGUGAUUUGUUGAUGAGUUGAACCAGGUAGGUGUGUUAGUGCUGGGCUGGAACACAAGCCUGCACACCAGUGGCGGUCAGUGCCAUUUAAGAUGAGGGAGGACACAUUUAUUUUCAUGAGCAUGGCCUUAUUUCUAUUACAGCAUAUUGGAUGACUUUCAUUCAUAUUCCAUUCACCCAGUUCAAUGUAACAUCGAUAGGUUUAGGCUACUACAUGAUACUGUGAUGAGGUGGUGUUGAAGGAGUCAGGCGCAGGAGGGUAAAUCACAGAAUAACAGGCUUUAAUCCGCAAAAUACAGGUUUACGCAGAAAUGCGUCAAACACACUCCAGGGCACAAAACAGGCACGCUGGAAAAUACAAGGCACACGGGAAAUACUCCCGUCGAUACAAAAUACACGAGCUCCACCGAGCUUCACUAACCUCUACAAUAAACAAUCACCCACACAGACAAGGAAGCAGAGGGAACACUUAUACAAUGACUAAUGAGGGAAUAAGGACCAGGUGUGUGUGAUUGAAGACAAGACAAAUGGAGUGAUGAUAAAGGGAUCGGCAGUAGCUAGUAAGCCGGUGACGCCGAACGCCGAAACCUGCCCAAACAAGGAGGGGAGGCAGCCUCGGCGGAAGUCGUGAAAGAAACUCUAAUUUUCCCUAUCAUUAGUCCAACAAACGAGAGUUUCUAUUGGACAAAUUCAGGUAUUUUUAUUCCCGUUUUGUUCCGUUUGCUUCCGUUUAAGAAAGGUUUUUCAACAGAAUCGAUGGAAUGAAUACACCCCUGAUCACGCGUAAACACAGUUCACUUUCAUAGCAGCCACGUCAUAUUCCUUCUUACAUCUAUGCGCUCUCCUCCUCUCACCUUUUCCCAUCGCUUGUGGACUUCAAUGCACAACACAUCAGCUAUAUGUGACCAGGCGAAAAAACCUUUCCAAGACAAACCGCUACACACAGCCUACAUAAUUGUCACCAUAUUAGCUAAAGUAACGUCAUAGUCAGCAUAGCUAAUAGAACUAAAGCGUUAGUAAACCCGCUACAAUCAAGCAGUAAUGUUACAGUGUAAACAUAAACACCGGCGGGCCCCGGAGGCAAUAAAUUAGUAAAGCUUACCUUGACUUGGAAGAGUUCCAGUGUUGUGUUGGAUAGUCAUAGCCAGCUAGCUAACAUAGCAUCCUUCUGUUUCAGCGGGGUGUUUCAGUAGGCUAAACUAGCUAGCUCCAUUUGCUAACUAAGUAAGUGAAACUGAAAGUGAAAAAAAAUGAGGAAAUCUCUCUCUCUCUUGCUUCUCCUUCAUUUUGGAAGAAAUUAACUUGUUCAAAACUGUUCAACAACUCUCUUUCACCACUACUCACCACAUUUUAUGCACCGCAGUACUAGCUAGCUGUAGCUUAUUCUUUCAGCACUAGAUGUAUUCUCUGAUCCAUUGAUUGGGUGGACAACGUGUCAGUUGAUGCUGCAAGAGCUCUGAUACCAUAGGUUGGAGGACGUCCUCCGUAAGUUGUCAUAAUUACCGUGUAAGUCUAUGGAAGGGGGUGAGAACCAUGAGCCUCCUAGGUUUUGUAUUGAAGUCAAUGUGCCCAGAGGAGGACGGAAGCUAGCUGUCCUCCGGCUACACCAUGGUGCUACCCUACAGAAUGCUGUUGAGGCUACUAUAGCGUGUUUUAAUCAAUUAUUUGGUGACGUGAUUAUAUUUAGUAUAGAUUUAUCUAAAAAGGAUAACUUUUUUAAUGUUUUACAAUUGUUAUGUUUAUGAAAUUCACUGAGGAGGAUGGUCCUCCCCUUCCUCCUCUGAGGAGCCUCCACUUGUGAUGCGUGAUUUGAAGGAGUCAGGCACAGGAGGGUAAAUCACAGUAUGCAGAGUUAAUCCAGCGUAACCAGUCCAGUGCGCAAAACAGGCGCACUGGAACAAACAUGCUCACAGGGAAAAAACCCCGGAAACACAAAAUACUGAGCUCAACCGAGCUGCUACUCCUCACAAUGAACAAUCACCCACAAGGACAAGGGGGGCAGAGGGAACACUUAAACACGUACUAAUGAGGGGGAUAUGAACCAGGUGUGUGUAAUUGACAAGACAAGACACAUGGAAAUGAUGAGAUGAGGAGGAAGUCGUGACACCACUGCCGCACACCCAGCCAUUCCGCAGAACCAGGAGUGAAUGAACAGAACAACUCACAACGCAGUUUGUUCCUUCCCAAAUGGCUCUCCCUACUUUUUGACCUGAGCCCUAUAUGGGCCCUGGUCAAAAGUAGUGCAUUACAUAGGGAAUAGGGGUGCCAUUUGGGACUGACGCAGUGUAUCUGUGUUGUCUCUCGUCCAGGCCAGUCGUGUGUGGUGACUGAGUGGAGUUCCUGGAGUGGUUGUGGCCAGCCCUGCCAGCGGUCCGUGAGGAUCAGGUGAUACCUGUGUUUUAUGUGUUAGUCUUGUUUUGUCCUAUUCCAAAAAAAUAAUGUUUUAAAGUAUACAAUUUUUUUAAAAAACCCAAAAUCCAUCAAUCAAUCAAUCAAUCAAUCAUUCAAGGCGUCGCUAUAUUGAGCAGGAGGCCAGGAACAGUGGAGAGCCAUGUCCCAGUCUGGGGGAGCAGGCUGGCUGCAUGGAGUACCGCUCACACCAGGGAGAGUUCUGCACUCAGAAUACAGGUAAGGUAACACACACACACACACACACACACACACACACACACACACACUCACACCAGGGAGAGUUCUGCGCUCAGAAUACAGGUAAGGUAACACACACACACACACACACACACACACACACACAUAAGAACACAUGCACGCAGGUACAUACACACACACACACACCAGGGCCUACAACAGUGGUCACUGAGUCCCUAACACCAACCACACACACUCCUAUCAUAUCUCUAAAUACAGUGCAUUCGGAAAGUAUUCAGAUCCCUUGACUUUUUCCACAAUUUGUUACGUUACAGCCUUAUUGUAAAAUUGAUUAAAUUGUUUUUUCCUCUCAUCAAUCUACACACAAUACCCCAUAAUGACAAAGCAAAAACAGGUUUUUACAAAUGUUUGCAAAUUUAUAAAAAAUAAAAAAAUAAAAUAUUACAUUUACAUAAGUAUUCAGACCCUUUACUUAGUACUUUGUUGAAGCACCUUUGGCAGUGAUUACAGCAUCGAGUCUUCCCGGGUAUGACGCUACAAGCUUGGCACACCUGUAUUUGGGGAGUUUCUCCCAUUCUUCUCUGCAGAUCCUCUCAAGCUUUGUCCUGUUGGAUGGUGAACCUUCCCCCCAGUCUGAGGUCCUGAGCGUUCUGGAGCAGGUUUUCAUCAAGGAUCUCGAUGUACUUUGCUCCGUUCAUCUUUCCCUCGAUCCUGACUAGUCUCCCAGUCCCUGCCGCUGAAUAACAUCCCCAAAGCAUGAUGCUACCACCACCAUGCUUCACCGUAGAGAUGGUGCCAGGUUUCCUCCAGACGUGCUGCUUGGCAUUCAGGCCAAAGAGUUCAAUCUUGGUUUCAUCAGACCAGAGAAUCUUGUUUCUCAUGGUCUGAGAGUCUUUAGGUGCCUUUUGGCAAACUCCAAGUGGACUGUCAUGUGCCUUUUACUGAGGCGUGGCUUACAUCUGGCCACUCUAGCAUAAAGGCCUGAUUGGUGGAAGGGGAGAGGGGGAUAUCUAGUCAGUUGUACAACUGAAUGCAUUCAAAUGAAAUGUGUCUUCCGCAUUUAACCCAACCCCUCUGAAUCAGAGAGGUGCGGGGGGCUGCCUUAAUCAACAUCCAGGUCAUUGACGCCCCGGGGACAGUGGGUUAACGGCCUUGCUCAGGGGCAGAACAACAGAUUUGGACCUUGUCAGCUCGGGGAUUCGAUCCAGCCUUUCCACCUUUCAGUUACUGGCCUAAUGCUCCUACUCGCUAGGCUACCUUCCGGAAGGGUUCUCCCAUCUCCACAGAGAAACUCUGGAGCUCUGUCAGAGUGACCAUUGGGUUCUUGGUCACCUCCCUGACCAAGGCCCUUCUCCCCCGAUUCCUCAGUUUGGCCGGGCGGCCAGCUCUAGGAAGAGUAUUGGUGGUUCCAAACUUCUUCCAUUUAAGAAUGAUGGAGGCCACUGUGUUCUUGGGGACCUUCAAUGCUGCAGAAAUUGUUUGGUACCCUUCCCCCGAUCUGUGCCUCGACACAAUGCUGUCUCGGAGCGCUACGGACAAUUCCUUCGACCUCAUGGCUUGGUUUUGUGUGCCUUUCCAAAUCAUGUCCAAUGAAGUUGUAGUAACAUCUCAAGGAUGGUCAAUGGAAACAGGAUGCACCUGAGCUCAAUUUCGAGUCUCAUAGCAAAGGGUCUGAAUACUUAUGAGGUAUGUCUCUUUUUUUAUUUUUAAUAAUUUGCAAACAUUUCUAAAAACCUGUUUUCGAUUUGUCAUUAUGGGGUAUUGUGUGUAGAUUGAUGAUAAAAAUAAAUAAUUUAAUCAAUUUUAGAAUAAGGCUGUAAUGUAAAAAAAUGUGGAAAAAGUCAAGGGGUCUGAAUACUUUCUGAAUGCACUGUAUAUCUAUACACACUCCUGUUGACCUCUCGUAAUGGUUUUAACAUGGGGACUGUGAGGGUCUGGCUGUGGUUAUGACAUGGGGACUGUGAGGGUCUGGCUGUGGUUAUGACAUGGGGACUGUGACGGUCUAGUUGUGGUUAUGACAUGGGGACUGUGAUGGUCUGGUUGUGGUUAUGACAUGGGGACUGUGGUCUGGUUGUGGUUAUGACAUGGGGACUGUGAUGGUCUAGUUGUGGUUAUGACAUGGGGACAGUGAUGGUCUGGUUGUGGUUAUGACAUGGGGACAGUGAUGGUCUGGCUGUGGUUAUGACAUGGGGACUGUGGUCUGGUUGUGGUUAUGACAUGGGGACUGUGACGGUCUGGUUGUGGUUAUGACAUGGGGACUGUGAUGGUCUGGUUGUGGUUAUGACAUGGGGACUGUGAUGGUCUGGUUGUGGUUAUGACAUGGGGACAGUGACGGUCUGGUUGUGGUUAUGACAUGGGGACUGUGAGGGUCUGGUUGUGGUUAUGACAUGGGGACUAUGAUGGUCUAGUUGUGGUUAUGACAUGGGGACUGUGAUGGUCUGGUUGUGGUUAUGACAUGGGGACUGUGAUGGUCUGGUUGUGGUUAUGACAUGGGAACAGUGACGGUCUGGUUGUGGUUAUGACAUGGGGACAGUGAUGGUCUGGUUGUGGUUAUGACAUGGGGACUGUGAUGGUCUCUCUCCAGGUCCAGGUUUCAUCACCACCAUGGAGUUUGGUAAAGGAAGAAGGAAGCAUGACAUCUACGGCACACCUCUGGACCCUGGGUAUGCUGCAAUAUCAAUACUUAUAAGCUCCUUAUAACAGUGCUAUGAACACAUAUAGCAAGUCUUAUAAUGCUCUUUUGAUUCAUUCCACCUGUCUACUCUUUAGUUCAAAAGGUUUCAACGGUCUUUCUGAGUGGAAACGUAAGCUUUUGCCCUCAUACCCAUCAUCACAGGGACAACAGUGUUUGCUCACCUGGAUAUGAGGCUGACACACAUACAUAUACACACUUGGGCGGCAGCUUUAAGAUCCUAAACGGAACCAUUUGAAAUAUAACACUAGUAUUUAACAGCGUUGAAACAUGAAUAACAUCACAUGUACAAAGGAUCUGGACUACAAUGGCUACAAAGUUGCUCUGAACACACAGAAACCACAGACACACCCAGGGAUGCGUCCCAAAUGGCAUCUUCUACCCUAUAUAGUGCACUACUUUUGACCAGGACCCAUAGGGCGUGGUCACAAGUAGGGCACUACAUAGGGAAUAGGGUGCAAUUUGGGUACACAAACCUAGUGAUGAACCAACCUAGGAAAAUUGAUCCUUGGGGGCUCCCAAAAUAUAGUGCACUGGAUCAAAGUUGAUAUCCAUUUACUGCAGACCUACCGGCAUGUCAACACUUACUGGGGCGGCCUUGACUUAUUAUGUGAAGGCCCAGCCAGCACCCCCUUGUCUGCGUCUCAAAUGGCAACCUGUUACCUAUGAACCCUGCUCAAAUGUAGUGCAGUAUAUACGGAAAAGGGUGCCAUUUGGGACAAAGCUAUAGUGUGGAAUGGCACAUAUGAUAUUUCAAACCCUCUUCCUGUCCCCCUCCUCCGUCACCUCUGUCAGGUUCUGUAUGGAGUACAAGAUGGAGUCUCUGACUCCUCACUGUACGGUGGAGAACCGGCCACACACCCGCUGGAUGCAGUAUCUACGGGAGGGCUACAUCGUGUGUGUGGCCUGCCAAGCCCCCGCCAUGCGUAACCAUAGCGGCAGCUGCCAGGGAGACGGACAAGAAUCUAACAGGUACGUGUCACGGAGGGAUAAUUUUUAAAAAAAAAAAGACAUUUGUUAUGAUACAGAAAGUAAAGUAAGCCAUGUUCAAGCCAGAAUGGCCCAUGUAGUGCAGAUUCUGUAGUGUGAGGCAGCUUUGAUGUACAAGCCCCUGGAAAGGAUGCAAGUUGAUUUGUUAUUAUAAAAAACACAUUAUUGUCGAAUGAGAAAUGCAAGUUCAAUGUGUAUGACUAUAUGAUGCUACAGUUUAUUUUAGUUUGCGGUAACGUUUGACUGGAGUACAAACCUAGCGAAACAGUAGCAUGGAUGAAGACUAGUGAGUAUAGGAUACAUUUCUGUUUUUUUGUGAAACAUGUUCACGUGAGAAAGGUUUCACACACAGACGCACAGUAGUUGUGUGGUCAUCACAGUGUUCUCUUCGUGCCACAGUAGCCGUGACCCUUCACCUCUCCGGUUAGAACGACCUUUCAGAACAGAGGUAUCUCCAGGUAUCUUCCUGUAUCACUGUCUGCCUCCACCAAUACAUUGCUAUUAGCUUUGUGGGAAGUGCUGACCGAGUAUCGAGAAACGUUUUGAAAAUGUGAAACAAGUGUGUAUUGUGAGCCAUACUAACCUAUGUCCUGUGUGUGUUGCAGUGAGGAGCUACUCCAUUGGCAGACUGUGAACCAUAGUAACCUAUGUCCUGUGUGUGUUGCAGUGAGGAGCUACUCCAUUGGCAGACUGUGAACCAUAGUAACCUAUGUCCUGUGUGUGUUGCAGUGAGGAGCUACUCCAUUGGCAGGCUGUGGGGAACUCUCGCUGUCGAGGAACAUGGAAGAAGGUCCAGAGAACUGCGUACUGCUCCUGUCCCCACGUCCACAGCUUCCUCUUCAUAUAAACACUCACCAAGCCCCAAUCACAACUGGCACCCUAUUCAUUAUAUAGUGAACUACUUUUGACC